UUUUGACCUUUUCAUUGCUCAGUGUAAACACACAUGUCCUCAGGUUAACAGAGAGCUCUUCUGCACAUGCGCGGGUUGAGACUCAGCCGUUUUCAUGGAAACAGACAACAACGGUCGACUCUGCAGUGACACGCGCUGAUCAAAAUAAACAGGAUUAUUAAGAAUUUUUUUUUAGCCUUUAUUUUUAUUCAUUUCUAUUUUUGAACGACACCAUGGAUGAGCUCGGGAAAGAGUCACCGAACGAAGAGCUGCGGAUCUGCACUCCGUCUCACCCCCUGCCUCUGGAAAUCCAGCAGAUGAAGCAGGAGGAGACGACCUGCCGUUACUGCGGCGUGAGCUACCUGAUCCUGCACGAGUUCCAGCGUCUGCAGGAGCGCCUCAGGGAGGUGGAGAGAGAGCUGGAGAGAGAGCGAGGGAGUGUGGAGAGAGAGAGAGAGAGCAGAGAGAAGCUACAGCGCUCACAGCUUCAGCUGGAGGAGAUCACAGCAGCCAAUCAGCUUUACAAGGACAGGAAACCGAAAGAUGGAGGAUCGAGACAGAGCCUUUGGUCAUUUUUCUUUUUGUUUGCACAAGACGAAGGAGAAAUGAAUCUAAGACUGAGUUUAAAAUGUCACAUCCCCGAUAACCGGACUACAGCUAGCGCUCCGGGCACGCAAUGAAAUAUAUAUCGAAAGAAAUAA